AUGUCUGCCAAGUCGAUUUUCGAGGCCGAUGGUAAGGCCAUCCUCAACUACCACCUCACCCGCGCUCCUGCUAUCAAGCCCAGCCCCCUGCCUGUUCCUACGAAGCACAACGCCGCCCCUAGACUCGCACACCUCACCUUCCCCGAGGAUGCCAACGUUGAGGAUGUCCUCAACCAGGCCGAGGUCACCUACCCCUGGUUGCUCCAGGCUGGCGCCAAGUUCGUCGCAAAGCCCGAUCAGCUCAUCAAGCGCCGUGGAAAGAGCGGUCUUCUUGCGUUGAACAAGACCUGGCCCGAGGCCAAGGCCUGGGUUGCUGAGCGUGCUGGUAAGGAGCAGAAGGUUGAGCACACAUCCGGUGUUCUGCGACACUUCCUUGUUGAGCCCUUCGUUCCCCACCCCCAGGAUACCGAAUACUACAUUAACAUCAACUCCGUCCGUGAUGGUGACUGGAUUCUCUUCACCCACGAGGGUGGUGUUGAUGUCGGUGAUGUCGAUGCCAAGGCUGAGAAGAUUCUUAUCCCCGUCGACUUGUCCGAGUUCCCCUCACACGAGCAGCUGGCUGCUACCCUUCUGAAGAAGGUCCCUAGCGGAGUUCACAAUGUCCUUGUUGACUUCAUCAUGAGACUGUACGCUGUGUACGUCGACUGCCAGUUCACAUACCUCGAGAUCAACCCUCUCGUUGUUAUCCCCAACGAGGAUAAGACUUCCGCUGAAGUUCACUUCCUGGAUCUUGCUGCUAAGCUUGACCAGACCGCUGAUUUCGAGUGCGGUGUCAAGUGGGCCAUUGCUCGCUCCCCCGCUGCCCUCGGUCUUACCAACGUUGCCAGCGCCAACGGCGAGAAGGUCAACAUUGAUGCUGGUCCUCCUAUGGACUUCCCUGCUCCUUUCGGUCGUGAGCUCACCAAGGAGGAGGCUUACAUUGCCGACCUUGAUGCCAAGACUGGUGCUUCUUUGAAAUUGACCGUUCUCAACCCUGCUGGCCGCAUCUGGACUCUUGUUGCUGGUGGUGGUGCCUCCGUUGUGUACGCUGAUGCCAUUGCUUCCGCCGGUUUCGCUGACGACCUCGCCAACUACGGUGAAUACUCUGGUGCCCCCACUGAGUCCCAGACUUACCACUACGCCCGCACCGUCCUUGACCUCAUGCUCCGUGCUCCCAUGAGCGACAAGGGCAAGGUUCUCUUCAUUGGUGGUGGCAUUGCCAACUUCACCAACGUCGCCAGCACCUUCAAGGGUGUCAUCCGCGCUCUCCGCGACUUCUCUGCUCAGCUCAUCGAGCACAACGUGCAAAUCUGGGUCCGCCGCGCUGGUCCCAACUACCAGGAGGGUCUUAAGAACAUGAAGGCCGCUACCCAAGAGCUUGGACUCAACGCCAAGAUUUUCGGCCCUGAGAUGCACGUUUCCGGCAUUGUCCCCCUUGCCCUUAUCCCCGGCAAGUGGGAAAGCAGCAACAUCGAAGAGUUCAAGGCUUAA